AUGAAAUCGCAGCGUCGAGAUGAGAUUGUGCAGUUCUGCCGAGAGAAUACUCUUCUUGUAAUGACAAUGUUCUCUGUAUUUCUUGGUGUUGUCUUGGGAUUCGGUCUUCGUCCGUUGAAUCUGUCACAAGAGACUCUGCAACUUAUUAAUUUUCCCGGAGAGAUUUUCAUGCAGGUUCUCAAAAUGAUGAUUCUUCCACUCAUUUUUUCUUCUCUAAUCUCUGCUCUGGCUCAAAUGGACGCGAAGGAAUCAGGUCAGAUGGGUGCAUCUACCGUACUCUACUAUCUCUCCACUGCCGUAUUAGCAACUUUGCUCGGUAUCUUCCUGGUUACAGUAAUCCAUCCUGGAGACCCAUCGAUCAAAGGAACCGACAUCGCAGAUGCACCAUCUGAAGGAAAUGUGUCUCCAUUGGACACUUUUUUGGAUCUUGUUAGAAAUAUGUUUCCGGAGAACAUAAUUCAAGCAACAUUUGAAAGAAUGCAGACUACAUAUGUAGCAAUACGGCCAAAGAUAGCUUCAAAAAAUGGGACAAACAUAAUAGUGAAACGGUCAAUUGGAAUGACAAAAGGAAUGAAUAUUCUAGGAAUAAUAGUAUUCUGUACUGGUUUCGGAAUUGUCAUCUCCCAAUUAGGAGAACGUGCCAGGAUAGUUGUUGACUUUUUUGUCAUUUUGGAUGCCGUUAUCAUGAGAUGGGUCGUCACUUUGAUGUGGUUUGCUCCACUUGGAAUCACUUGUCUAAUUUGUGGAAAUCUAUUGGAACUAGAUGAUAUAUCGGAUAUUGCAUCUGUUCUAGCUCUGUACGUCUUCACUGUUUGCGCUGGAUUGGUUCUUCAUACAAUCAUCACCGUUCCACUGAUGUAUUUCUUUAUCACAAGAGAGAAUCCACUUCCUAUUUUUAAGGGAAUGAUUCAGGCAGUUGUUACUGCAUUCGGAACUGCUUCGGGAGGUGCCACUCUACCAAUGUCAAUGCAGUGUCUAGAAGAUCAUUGUGGAGUGGAUCGUCGAAUUUCUCGUUUUGUUCUUCCGCUCGGCUCCACAAUAAACAUGGAUGGAAACGCUUUGUAUGAAGCUGUGGCUGUUAUAUUCAUUGCUCAACUCAACAAUGUUCAACUGUCUCUCGCAGAAGUUCUUACUGUUAGUAUAACAGCCACCAUUGCUUCAAUAGGUUUAGGAUCAGUCCCAGCUGGUUUAGUUUCAAUUCUCCUCAUCCUGAACACCGUUGGGUUACCCGUUCGAGAUGUUUCUAUGCUGUUUACAGUCGAUUGGCUUUUAGAUCGAGUCCGAACUGCCGUGAAUGUACUUGGAGAUGCGUACGCUGCUUCCAUAGUUCAACAUCUGUUGCAGAAAAAACUGGAUAAGGCUGAUGCUCGCCAUGAUUACAAAACAGAAAUCAAAGGCGAAAUCGAGAUGUUGAAGUCUGCAGCCACCAGCAGAAGACCAUCUUUCACGAUGUCGGAAGCUUCCAAAGAGCUCUUCCUCACACAUGCAAACACUGCUGGAAACUCUCGAAUCGGAUCACGAAUUGGUUCACGCCGUCCUUCAUCAACAAACUUGCAUCUCUCCUGGCGCAAUAAUCCUAUUGAUCCACCAUACACACCUUUACCCAAUGAUGAAAAUGUGUAA